UCCAUUAUAUACUAUCGGUUUAUUAUUCAAACAUUUAUACACAUAUUAAACACUGCAAAGGACAAUGACAGUCAGGAAAGAAAUGAAGAUCGAGGCCCCAAGGUCUGGUAUCGCUGUCGGCCUCAACAAGGGUCACAUCACUACUCCCAUUCCAUUGGUGAAGAGUGUACGUCCUAGUCGCAAGAAGGGUUUGAAGACAAAACGCAACGCUUUGGUUUCUGAGGUUAUCCGUGAGGUUUGCGGCUUUGCUCCAUACGAGAGGCACAUGAUCGAGCUCAUCAAGACUGGUUCUGCUUCUGCUCAGAAACGUGCUCUUAAAUUCGCUAAGAAGCGUUUGGGUACUCUUCGUCGUGCUAAGACUAAGAACGAUGAGAUGAUGCGCGUCGUUGAGUUACAGCGUAAGCGCAAGGCAUGAACACACAACACCAUCGCGUACCAUUAAUAGUGUACAUCAUAUUCUU